AUGAAUGCCCAUGUCCCCAUCACCGUCCACCGGGAGCCAGCCGAUCCUCCAGCCACGCCUUCGACGCGUGGCUCACAGGAUGACCAGAUAACGGUGACCCGAGGCCUUACUCCUCGCGCCGUCUUGGCAGGGCUUGCUAUUGGCGUCUUAAUCAAUCUUUCCAAUACUUACUAUGGCCUUCGCAUCGGAGUCGCCAGUCAAAUGUCUAUGGUGUCUAGCCUGCUAGGCUUUGCAGGAUUCAAGCUCAUUUCUCGAUACACUAGCGUGCCGUUUUCGCCAGCUGAGAAUGUCUUGCUCGUAAGCGUAGCUACAGCCACUGGUGCCAUGCCCGUGACUGCUGGCUUUGUCGGGGUGAUUCCAGCUCUAGAGUAUCUCAUAGGGCCUGAGGACAAUGGCCCGUUGGUUAUGGCAUGGCAGAAGCUUGCGCUUUGGUCUGUUGCCUUGUGCUUCUUUGGACUCAUUUUUGCUGCUUGGCUGCGACCUCAUUUCAUUGAACGGCAGAAUUUACCUUGGCCUGGAGCCAGAGCUACUGCCAAUUUGAUAAGCACUCUUCAUCACAAGGCACCGGUGCCAACACCAACGCUUCCGGGACCUUGUGCCUCGGGGUCGAACGUCCAGUCAGAACAACAUACACUGUCGUACGGCCAUGGCCCUUCGGAAGAGAACCAGCCCUUGUUUUCGCGAGCGAGUAGCAUAGACUGGAAUUCGGCGGUGAAUUGGCUGAUCAAAGGCGCAUCAAUGUCGGGGUUGCUUACCAUUGUGAUGUUCUUCAUACCGAUUUUGCACAACGUUCCCAUAUUUGGGAAGCCAGCGGCAAAAGAUUGGCUAUGGUCUAUCGAUGUAUCUCCCGGCUUUUUCGGCCAAGGCAUAAUUACAGGCCCAACAAUUCCCAUCCACAUGUUAGUUGGUGCUAUCGUCGGAUGGGGAAUCCUGUCACCGUACGCAAAGUCCAAAGGGUAUGCUCCUGGGAAAGUAGAUGAUUGGGAGAACGGACCAAGAGGAUGGAUCAUAUGGGUUAGUUUAGCAGCGCUGCUGGCAGAUGCCUCGGUGAAGCUCGGGUGGUUUAUCCUUAAACCUGCCCACACGGUUUAUUGUCAAAGAGAUGGACAAGUCAGAACGAAGCUAAGAAGUCUUCGGAGGGAUAUUGAAAUGAGAUUGGGUUUUGAAAGCCGCGAACCAGCUUAUCAUGUUGUGUCGACUGAGGACGACGACUCUCCAACCGUUGACGGCCGCAAUAUAUCUGGCAUGCACGUAACAAAAGAUGAACAGGAAGCAUCCGAAAUGUCUCUCUCCUGGUCAGUAUUGGGAUUGAUCCUCUUUGUCGCAAUAGUUGCCUGCGUCUUGGCCAUGCAAGUUAUGUUUGGGAUGAUACGAUGGUAUUACACCAUGCUGGCCAUCUUCCUAUCACUUCCGAUGGCUGUAGUUGGCAUACGAUCUCUCGCAGAAACGGAUUACAACCCCGAGAGUGCUAUAGUGUCCCAACUAGUAUUCGCGUCAAUCAUCUCGCAAUCCAAUCCGAAUGGAAUCAUCAUUAAUCUACUUUCAGCAGCCGUCGCACAAGCCGGCGCGAAUCAAUCCGGCGAUCUCUCUUAUGACUUCAAAGUCGGACACCUUGUUGGAGCACGACCAGACAUUCAGACUUGGGGUCAAAUCAUCGGCUCAAUAGUAGGUGCUUUCGUCUCAUGCAGCAUCUACCGCCUAUAUGCAUCACAAUACACCAUACCAGGGCCUCUAUUCAGAGUCCCUUCCUCAUUCUUAGUUCUAAGCACAGCAAGACUCCUGAUGGGCCGCGGACUGCCCGAAGGCGUUGCCCCCUUUGCUCUCGGCGCGGCCAUAUUAUCUGCAGCCGGUACAGUUGUAAAGAUGCGAUACUCGGGUCAGUGGUGGGAGAAGUUCCUACCCAGCGGUGUCGCAUUUGCUAUUGGGAUAUACAACACACCGUCUUUCACGAUUACCCGUGCCAUUGGUGGCCUUCUUUACUUGGUGCACAAGCGACGUAAUGGUGGACAAGCAGGACAUUCUGUGAUUUUCGCAAGCGGACUGCUGUUGGGGGAGAGCCUUGCGAGCCUAGUUACGAUUGCGCUGACUGCAGCAAAAGUCUCUCAACUGGGCGGGGAUUGA